UAUACAAUACAGUACACAACAAUAUUGUAUAACAAAGGGGAUAUCCGAGGAAGAUAGUGUAAAACGUUACAGUUUUAAAAAUUAGUUUCUUCAUGCUUCAGAUUUUAAUACCAUAUGUUUAUAUAAUUAAGUAAUGUUUCAGUUUUCCACUAGUAUAAAUACUAUGUUACAUUGUACAAAGUCAAUCAUUGUGCUUUUUGUUGAAGACCUUUGCGCAUUAAGGUUAAAAGUGUGAGACAAAAAACAGUUGUGAAACGAAUACAUAUAUACAAUGUCUCAAGAAUGUGUUAGUAUUUUUUUUGAUGAAAUGGAUCAUGAAUUUGAAAGCUUAUCCAUUGAUACAAUUGAACUUUUCAACGUUUGUGAUGAAAUAGAAAGAAAUGUUUUAAAUCACCCAUUUUAUGAUCAAAGAAUGAUGGUGCUAUGUGAUGAAUUCGAUGGGAAACUGGUUGAUCAAAUGGGUCGUGGAACCAAAAGGAAAGCUGUUGAUAUUUACUCUGCUGACAUCAAAAGAAGAAAAUCUGGAUCGAACAUGCAUCUUUCACGGUCUUCACAAGAGCAAUCAACAUCGAAUGAAGAUGGGUUGGAAGAGAGAGGUUUGUCGAAUAAUUUUAUUGCUGAGCAUAGUAGGAACGACGUGGGCGCAGCACGCGGAUAAUCAAUUUCCUGGACAAGAUCAACCUAAUGAAGGUGAGCAACAGUCUCGUGAUGCUGGUACCGAUCUGGAGUUCAGCUACCACGACCAUGACCAAAUGACACGAUAUCUACGAGCAGUAUCUACUCGUCAUCCUUCUCUUACAGCGCUCUACUCUAUCGGAAAAUCUGUGCAAGGGCGUGAACUGUGGGUGAUGGUAGUAUCAGCUUCACCAUACGAGCACAUGAUCGGCAAGCCCGACGUUAAGUACGUAGCAAACAUACACGGAAACGAAGUUGUUGGAAGGGAGUUACUAUUGCAUUUAAUUCAGUACCUAGUGACGUCCUACGAGAGCGAUUCAUACAUAAAAUGGUUAUUAGACAAUACACGUAUUCACCUCAUGCCAUCAAUGAAUCCGGACGGGUACUCAAUCUCGCGAGAGGGACAAUGCGACACCAUUCUUGGCAGGGCCAAUGCUCGUCGAUAUGAUUUGAACAGAAACUUUCCUGACUUCUUUAAAGCAAAUACCAAGCAACCCCAGCCUGAAACUGAAGCAGUAAAGGAAUGGAUUAGUAAGAUACAGUUUGUGCUCUCUGGAUCUCUACACGGAGGAGCCCUGGUUGCCUCCUAUCCAUUUGAUAACACGCCCAGCUCUACUUCCUGUUUUCCAUGCUGCCUCAUAGGGAUAUGCAGGUCCUCCGUAUUGUGUUCAGUGUUCCAAAGCUACGCACACUCUCCCUCAAUCGCUCCCGACGAUGAUGUAUUCCGUCACCUGGCGCUCGUCUACUCCAACAACCACGCCAAAAUGUCACGUGGAGUUUCAUGCAGGAGCGAGAUACCGAGGUUCGAAAAGGGCAUCACCAAUGGAGCUGCAUGGUAUCCCCUGACCGGAGGAAUGCAAGAUUAUAACUAUUUGUGGCACGGCUGCAUGGAAAUCACAUUGGAGAUAUCUUGUUGUAAAUAUCCACCUGCACAUGAACUAGCGAAGUAUUGGCAGGAUAAUAGACAGUCACUGAUAAAAUACUUGGCGGAGGCUCACCGCGGUGCCCACGGAUUCGUUAUGGAUGAUAGCGGUAACCCCGUGGAGAGUGCCGCCAUUCGCGUUAAAGGACGUGAGGUCACAUACCACACAACUAAAUACGGAGAGUUCUGGCGUAUUCUACUACCAGGAACCUAUAAAUUGGAGGUCUCCGCGGAAGGAUAUUUACCACAAGAAGUAGAGUUCUUUGUGAUUGAAACUCACCCAACACUUUUAAAUGUUACCCUUCAUUCGGCGAAACGAAUCGAUGGAGGUCCAUAUUACCGACCUGCUGGACCACCAAGACCGCCACCUUCUCCAACGCAGUCCCCUGGAAUCUUCUCUACAUUUACUUCCUCAAUUAAUAAUUUUGUCUCAAGUAUAUUUGGAUAGUAAAUAAUAGAAAAGCAUUAUUGUAUUACCUACCGACUAGAGUAGACUUAAAAUAAUUUACAUGUUAAUUUAAAUAAGACGGUCCGCAUUUUAUUAUGUUAAUGUAUUUUAUUGUUUAUUUUUUGUUACAACCACAGAAUAAACAAUAUUUGGUACUAUCAACUUUUUACAGAUUUAAUGUAAAAUACGUAUUUAAAGUACACUCAAAUCCUUUUGUCACUUUUCUUGCAGGUUUAAAUUAAUGCACAAAAAUAACAAAAAAAUACUUUCGAUCUCUAUGUUUGCUUGUAAGAUGAUGUUUAGACAUACUUAGUCGUAUGAGAAAAAAUAUUUUAAAAUUAUUAAAAAAUUUACAAAUAAAUAAGAAAAGAUUAAAACAGUUUUGGUAAUAAGAAUAGUUGUAUAUAAAGUUGAAUUAACUGCUUAAGAUUCCUAGUUUAUUAUUUAUUAUGGCUAGAUAUGUAUUAUGUACCAUAAUAGUAAGGAAAAGUUAAACGCAUAGAUUUGUUGGUUAUAUUUUGCCGAAUAGUAUUGACGCUUUAAUUCUAUAAAAUAAUAAUUCGAUAAGUCGAGUUUUACUAACUCUAUAGUUCUUCUCUAUAUAUUGUAACUUUUAAGCUUUAUGCCUAUUUAUUAAGGGACCAUACAUAUGUUAGCAAAUCAUAGAUCAAAUAAAUAAAUUAUU